UAGACAUUGCCUCCAGGGAGGGGGCGGGCAUGGCGGCCGCGGGGGCCGUGCUGGUGCGCUCCCCGCAGCUGUCGCAGCUGGCGUCCGUGACGCCCGGGCACGGCCCCAGCGCCUGCCGGCUGGAGCUGAGGCCGGAGGCGGCUGACUGCUCCGAGCUCGACUUAGCCGACGCGUUCGCAGUCUGCCGGCCCCAGGACCCCGCCCAGCUGGCGCAGCUGCGGCAGGAGGUGGUGUCGUCCAUGGUGGGCCUGGCGGGUGGCAGGAGCACCGGAUGGCACAACACGAUGACCCUGCCCUACCCGGCCCACCUCGCGGCGGCCCCGGACCAGGCGCACCCGGCCUACCACGGCCGGGCCGACCCCGCCUCGGCGGCGCACGCGGGCCGAGCCGCAGCACCGCGCGACGAGGCGCCGGGGCCCGCCGCGGCCUCUGGCGCGAGCCCCGCGCAGUCGUCGCCGUGCGCAAGCAGCUCCAGCGGCGUGGCCGCGGCGAGCGCCGCGCGGGCUCCGCCGCCGCUGAGGCUGCAGCUGUCGGAGUGCCUCCCCGAUUCGCAGGACACGCCCUCGCUGUUCUCGGAGGACAGCCCCUGGGCGACGGCCGAGGCAUCCGACGGCGAGGCGGCGCGCGGCGCCCCGUGGUGGAUGUGCCCCCCGACGAGCCCCGCCCGGGGGCCCCUGCAGCCCAGGGCCGGGGCGCCCGUGGGCCGCCAGGGCCCCGCCGCCGGGAGGCCCGCGGAGGCGCCCGCCGAGGCAGCGUGCGGCAGGGGCCAGGCGCCCGCCGUCAAGGAGAACCUGGCGCCGCCGCUGUCGGACGUAUCACCCUCCGCGUUCGGCUCCGCCGCUGCCGCCGAGGCGGGUGGGGUGCACGGCACGCCGCCGCCCAAGGACCGGCGGUGCGUGGCCUUCCGCAGCCCCGCCUGCUACGACUCGCCGCCGCCCGCCUCCGAGGCCGCUCGGACCUCUCCGCCGACGAGCGCGACCCCUCCGCCGACGGGCACCGGCGGCCCCGUGACGAGGAGCAGUGCGUUAUCGACCGCGUCGUCGCCCUCUCCUUUGCCAAAUUGGUGUUCUGUCCGCCAUACGUUUAUCGAGGCUCAGAUUCAGCCGGACGAGGACGAAUGGCCUAUCGUCACUACUUCGCGUUCGAAGUCUUCGCCCCCUCAGUUUCAGUUUCAGUGAUGCCCGUCGCCGGCUCAAGAAUUUGAAGCCACUAUCGUUACCCGCUGUUUGGAGAACUAGUGUUCGUGAGGACUAUGCUGGAUGUAGGGGCAUUCAAUUAAUACGUAGCGAAUGCGUUGGCUCGGGUCUCGGGAGAUCCAAGUCGACGAAUCCGGCGGCACGUACAUGGGUGAGUGGUCCAUGCUGGUCUCUCAAAAGUUAUGUUGACAUGUCCGCCUGCUCUCUCCUUGUUUGUUUCUCUCUCUCUCUCUCUCUCUUUCUCUCUCUCUCUCUCUCUUUAUUUUUCUCUCUCCCUCUCUUUCUCUCUUGAAUCGGUAUCUUCGCCCUGGUCUGUCACGCACCGUAACACGAGG